AUGUUGAAGUUGUGGCUCGGGCUCGCUCUAACGGCUGAUUCAUCGGCGUUAUUUAGGGGAAGCAAUAGUUUUGGGAUGAGUCUAAAAAGGCCAUCGGAGCUCUAUAAACACCUAAGAGUUUCCAAGAGAUAUAUCCUGGGGAAAUCCCAUGAUGACAUAGUGACAUCGCUCCCAAAAGAUGAAGAUGCCCCCGAGCUAGAGUCACGACUUCAAUUCCAUAAGCAAUUUAUGAUAGGAGCGCAAAGUAACAGAGCGGGGUUAGGAUCAAAUAGGAAAGUCCAAGAUGCGGAUAUAUUGAAGUCUUUUAUUCGGCAAGACGAGAAUGAUAAAUAUAAGAUCCAUGCAAUGAAUUUAGAAAUGCAGAACGAGUGGUUAGACAUAGGAGAUUUUUGCAUCCCAUUAGCAUUAAAAUGGCGCACUUUAAUUUAUGAUUGGUCGCCAGCAUUGCUAAAAUUCUAUCUCAAUGCGUUCCAGAUGACUCUCCCAGAUCAGAGUAAUUUAGUAAGAUGGGGUAAAAGUACCGAAAAAACUUGCUAUAUCUGUGGAAAGGCAGUUGGAACUGCUAAGCAUCUGCUGGUGGGAUGUAGGGUACUCCUUGACAGCGGUCAAUACUCGCGUCGUCACGAUAGGGUUCUAGAAGUCAUACGUGAAGCGGUUAGUCUUUCGGUAGCCAGAGCGCAAAAGGGAAUAACCACAAACGAACGAUCAGUAGGUUUUGUGAGAGAAGGCACUAGGGCUACAAAAUCAAACGUCAAGCCUUACUCCAUCCUUAAAGCGGCGUCGGAUUGGACUAUAAUGAUGGACACGUAUGAAAAACAAUAUAAAAUCCCCGAGGAUAUUUGUGCGUCGGCCUCCAGACCGGAUAUAUUUUUUGUUUUCGCGAAUUUUAAAGCGCGUAGUGAUGAUAGAGCUUACGGUCCCUUGGGAAACCAACAUCCCCAAAGACCAUACCAUCAAGGUCAACAAAUAUUACGAGCUCACAAACGAACUCACUCGAAAUAG